AUGGGGGUUGGUGUGUAUAAUGUAGUGAAAGUCUUCUUUGAAGGACAAACUUUGCCAAAGUCCAUAACUCAUACAAUUCUGGUUCUGAUCCCAAAGAAGAAUAAUGUUGAGACCUUUACAGAUAUGAGGCCCAUAAGUCUCAGUAAUUUUAUUAACAAAUUGAUCUCUAGAGUGGUGCAAAAUAAACUUGAAAAUGUUUUGCCUUCUUUGAUAUCUACUAAUCAGUAUGGUUUUGUAAAGGGAAGAUGUAUCAUUAAGAAUGUACUGUUAACUCAAAAGGUGGUAUCAGAUAUAAGACUUAAGGGAAAACCAGCUAAUGUGGUGCUUAAACUGGAUAUGGCUAAGGCCUAUGAUAGAGUGUCAUGGGAUUUUUUGGCAAGAGUUCGAGGAAGAUGGGAUUUGCGAAUCUUGCCUAGAGCAUUGAACUCUUUAUUUGAGGACAAUGGCUUUAGAAGCUAUGGAAUGCCUAAAUGGAGUGCUAAUUUGAAUCAUCUUGCUUAUGCAAAUGAUACUAUUAUAUUCUCAUCUGCAGAUGAUACUUCAUUACAGCUGAUCAUGAGAAUAUUACAAGAGUAUGAGCAAAUGUCAGGGCAGCUUAUCAACAAAGGAAAAAGUUCCUUCUACAUGCAUAGUAAAGCUGCAAAUGUGAUAGUGCAGCAGGUGGAGGCUAUUACUGGUUUUACUAGGGGAUCUUUCCCUUUCACAUACUUAGGUUGCCUAAUCACACAUGCAAGAAAGAGAAAGGCUGAUUAUAGUGACUUGAUCCAAAAAGUGAAGGACAAACUGGCAGCUUGGAAAGGAAGACUUUUAUCUUUUGGAGGAAAAGUUGUUUUGAUCAACAGUGUUUUAGUAAGUAUGCCAAUUCACCUACUCUCAGCUAUCAGACCUCCAAAGGGUGUUAUAUAUGACCUGCAUAGGGUGUUUGCAAGAUUUUUCUAG